AAUUGUUCAAUUUGAAUUUGAAAUUACAAUAAAGGCUUGUUUAAUUUUCGGCACAGAAUUAUUCGCAUCCCUUCCCCGAAAGGCGACCAUCUAUCUCUCAUUUCUUGAUCUCUGACUCUGUUCUCUCUCAUGGCGGAGAUUGAGCUGAAAACAGCACCUGCUGAUUUUCGUUUUCCUACAACCAAUCAAACCAGACAUUGUUUCACUCGCUAUGUUGAAUUCCAUAGGUGUGUAGCAGCAAAGGGUGAAGUUACAAAUGAUUGUGAGAGAUUUGCUAAAUAUUAUCGUUCCCUUUGCCCUGGUGAAUGGAUUGAAAAGUGGAAUGAACAGAGGGAAAGUGGAACUUUUCCAGGACCCCUGUGAGGUGUUAUUGGAUCCUAGGAUACCCUCGUGAGUCUCCGUGAAUGACUUCUGGUUCCUAACCAGCAAAAUGUAGACCUCCUCAUCCUCCAUUCACUUCGAGGAUGGACAACUUGAAGCUCAAAAUUAUAGUCUACAGCGAGCGUUGGUGACUUCCUCUUCAUUGCAUAGAUUUUGAUUGUGAUGGCGGCAACUUCCUCUUCCUUAUAGGGCGACCUAUAACUUCAUCUAUAUACAGGGGACCAGGGCAGGAUGGAUAAGAUUGAAGCACAAAUGGCCAUAAUGAGUAAGGGUGGAGAUCGGGAGUUUAUGUUACCGAUGGGUUUCAAGGAACAUGAGAAAAUAGAUGAGGGUAAAUUGGUUAAGAAAUUUGGCCCCCAAUCCAAAAAGUCCCAAUUUGAUGGGGAAAAAUGUACGGGGAGAAGAGGAAAGAUUUUCACUUUCUUUCUCUUCAAAAUUUCUUAACCAAAUAAGGAGAGGAGAACAUUUUCUCUCUCCUUCAAAACUUUUCAACCAAAUACAUAUUUAGUAUUGUUUUUUUUUCCUUGAGACUUUUUUUUUCCCCUUUCUAACCUGAGACCUUUUUAAGUUUUAAUAUUAUUUUACCCAUACAAUUUAUUGCUAGAAUAAUCUUCAUUUUUUUGUGGCCAAGCCCACCUCCCAAAAAAAAAAAAAAGAUUCGAGGGUUCAUGUGAUUGUAUGGAUUUUGCAGCGAUAGCUCUACUUGUGUAUUUGUAUUUGAACAAUCAUAAAAUUAUGGUUAUGCCACUGAGAA